AUGGCUAUCUCUAGAGCGUUGUGCAUUAGCUUUCUUCUUUUUGUGUGUCUAGGGUUAGCUUCGGCUGCCCGAACUCUUCUUGAUUAUGAUCCACGUACACGUCGCUAUGAUUACGAUCAUCCUACUCCAAGAGUAGGGUACGAUCCAAGUCAUCGUGAUCAAUCCUAUGAUAAUGCAUACGGUGGAAGCUCUAAUAGAGGAUAUGGAGUUGGUGACUCUGCUCUUGGAGGUUCAGGACGAUAUGAAGGUGGUGGAGGACAUGAUUACGGAUAUGGAGGUCGAAAUGAUGAUCGUGGUGUGGGAUAUGGAGGUCGAAAUGAUGAUCAUGGUGCUGGAUAUGGUGCUGGAUACGGAGGUCGGAAUGAUGACCGUGGUGCUGGAUAUGGAGGUCGAAAUGAUGACCGUGGUGCUGGAUAUGGACGUCGAAAUGAUGACCAUGGUGCUGGAUAUGGAGGUCGAAAUGAUGACCGUGGUGCUGGAUAUGGAGGUCGAAACGAUGAUCGUGGUGUUGGGUAUGGUAAUGGUGGUGGAUAUGGAGGUGUAGGAGGACAUGGUGAUGGUUAUGGUAACAAUGUUGGUGGAGGCUAUGGAGAUCGUUAUAGCCCUUCUCUUGGAGGUUCAGGAUAUGGAAAUGGAGGUAAAGGAAGCGGCAAUGGCUAUGACGAUCAUUCUCGUGGAUAUGGAGGGCAUGACAAUGGCUAUGGAGAUUCACAUGGACAUGGAGGACGUGACAGUGGAUAUGGAAGUGGUGGAGGAGUUAGUGGUGGCUAUGGCAAUGGAGGAGUGCAUGGAGGAGAGUAUGAUAAUAGCAAAGGAAGUGGAGAAGGAGGGGGUAAUGAUGGUGGAUAUGCUGUCAAAAAUUCCAUCUCAAAGGAGAAUUGA